AAGAGAAAGGGGGAGAUAUAGAGCAUCCAUCCCUUUAUUAAUUUUAUUCCGGACCGCUAAGUUUAGCAUUCAACACGUGUCGCCAGUGAUGGAGAGAGGGAGGGAGGGGGAAAGGAACGAGAGAGAGAGAAAGAGAGAGAGGGAGAGAGAGAGGUUGACGGUUGCUAGGUGACGGGGCGCAUAUACUGAAUUUUAACAAAAGAACAGGGAAAGAGGGAGAGGGAGAGAGAGAGUGUGUGAGAGAGAGAGGAGAGGAGAGAGGGAGGGAGAGAGGUAAAGAGAGAGAUCGGAGAAAUUGAAUACAUGUAGAACAUAUAUAUAUUUAGAUAUAUAUUUUUCCCAGCGUGCGUGCGUGUGUGUGUGUGUGUGUGUGUGUGUGUGUGUGUGUGUGUGUGGUGGCGGCGGCGGCGGCGGUGGGGGGGGGACACCCGCAAAACGGAUACCUCAACAAGGAAGGAUGUGAAAAAGGAUGGAGGGACGCAGGAAAAGAGGGGGGAAAGGCUGGUGAAAAACAGCACCCUCUCUUAGUGCGAUAUAUAUCUGCCUCCCCCCCUCGGCAGGUUGCCAUGGUCGCCAUACCUACUCUCUCUCUCCUAUUGGUCCUGGCAGAGUGGGCAGGUCUGGUGGACGCCUCCCCCCACCUCCUGCUCCGGCCCAGCCCACGGGAGCGUGAUGCAGGGGCCAUGAUGAACUUCAACAUCGCCGUGAUCCACGCUGGUGCUACGGUGCAGGCGGAGGCGGCGGUGGCGGGGCCUGGGGGAAGGGUGCUCUACCCCGGCUUUGGCCGGGUAUACGGCUCCCUGGGGGAGAGCGUGGUCACCCAGUGGGGCUCUGCUAACGUCAUCUGGCUACAGGUGAACGACAGUAGUCCUAAGACGGUGCUGUCCCAGCUGUGUGAGUUGCUUGCGGCGCGGCCCCUGCAGGGUCUGGUUUAUGAAGAGGAGAGGCCCCCUCGCACGGCCUGGGGUCCUUUGGCCCCCAUGCUGGAGUUUGUCUCUGCGCAAACAGGACUGCCCAUAGUGGCUGUAGGAGGGGGAGCGGGGCUGGGGAGGAUGCCACAGGAAUCAGGUUCCAUCUUUCUCCAGUUCAGCUCCUCUACUGCCCUCCAAUUAGAGGUCAUCUUUGAGGUGCUGGAGGAGUAUGAUUGGACAGCCUUUUCCGUGGUGUCCACGCGUCACCAUGGCUACCAGGAUUUCCUGUCUGUGGUGGAGGGCCUGACGGAUGGCUCGUUCAUUGGCUGGGAGAAGAAGAGUGUGGUGAUCCUGAACGUGACCGACGACCCUGGGGGGUCACGCACACGCAGGCUGCUGAAGGAGAAUGAGGCGCAGGUACGUUUGCUGUACUGCUCCCAAGAGGAGGCCGAGCUGGUCUUCCGAGCUGCCUGGGCCGCCGGUCAGGCCGGAGCCUCGCACAUGUGGUUUGCUGUGGGGCCAGCUCUCUCAGGUUUGGGCAUGGAGAACCUGCCCCGGGCUCUGUUUGCCGUACGGCCCCAGGGCUGGAGGGACGAACCUCGCCGGAGGAUUGCUCGGGGUGUGUCUGUGUUGACUCAUGGGGCAGUGGCGAUGCGCAAAGAUUACGGAACCACGGGUGGGCCAAACUUUGUCACCAACUGCAUGACGGAUGCCAAUCAGACUCAGAGACUGCGGGGCAGGAUGAGGUAUUUCAGCAACAUCACGCUUGGCGGUCGAGACUACUCCUUCAAUGGUGACGGUUACCUGUCCAACCCCUUCCUGGAUGUAAUUUCCUGGACACCUGGACGUGGAUGGGAAGAUGUAGGUUGGUGGGAGAACGGUGUGCUGAGGCUUCGGUACCCAGCCUGGUCCCGCUAUGGGCCAUUCCUUAAACCACCUGAUGAUGCCCAGCACCUGCGUGUUGUCACACUGGAGGAAAGGCCAUUUGUCAUUGUGGAGCUGGCAGACCCCGCAUCCGGGACCUGCAUCCGUGACUCAGUGCCCUGCAGACGACCCCUUAAUGCCAGUGCCAUCCAUGAGGGUGUGGCUCCCAUGAAGCAGUGCUGCAAGGGCUUCUGCAUUGACAUCCUCAAGAGAUUGGCCAAGAUUGUUGGCUUCACCUAUGACCUUUACUUAGUGACCAAUGGGAAACAUGGGAAGAAAAUUGAUGGGGUUUGGAACGGCAUGAUUGGAGAGGUGGUAUACAAGCGAGCGGACAUGGCCAUUGGCUCACUGACUAUCAAUGAGGAGAGAUCGGAGGUCGUAGAUUUCUCUGUCCCAUUUGUGGAGACGGGGAUCAGUGUAAUGGUCUCUCGUAGCAACGGAACUGUAUCACCAUCUGCUUUCUUAGAGCCCUACAGUCCAGCGGUGUGGGUGAUGAUGUUCGUCAUGUGCCUGACCGUGGUGGCUGUGACCGUCUUCAUUUUUGAGUUCUUCAGCCCUGUGGGCUACAACCGCAGUCUCGAGACUGGCAAGAAAGCUGGAGGGUCUACUUUUACUAUAGGAAAAUCUGUAUGGCUUUUGUGGGCCAUUGUCUUCAACAACUCUGUGCCAGUGGAGAACCCCAGAGGAACCACCAGCAAGAUCAUGGUGCUCAUCUGGGCCUUCUUUGCUGUCAUCUUUCUGGCCUCCUACACUGCUAACUUGGCUGCCUUCAUGAUCCAGGAGGAGUACAUUGACACAGUGUCAGGCCUCUCGGACAAGAAGUUUCAGCAUCCCGAGGAGCAGUACCCACCUCUGAAGUUUGGCACGGUGCCCAACGGGAGCACAGAAAAAAACAUCCGCUCCAACUAUCCAGACAUGCACCAGUACAUGGGCAAAUACAACCAGAGAGGAGUGGAGGACGCCAUACUGAACCUCAAGACCGGGAAACUGGAUGCUUUUAUUUAUGAUGCUGCAGUAUUGAACUAUAUGGCCAGGAAGGACGAAGGUUGUAAGGUGAUGACCAUAGGCUCGGGGAAGGUUUUUGCCACCACAGGCUACGGUAUCGCCCUGCACAAAAACUCACGCUGGAAACGUCCUCUUGACCUGGCCCUGCUGCAGCUGGUGGGAGAUGAUGAGAUUGAAAUGCUGGAGCGCCUCUGGCUGUCUGGUAUCUGCCAUAAUGACAAAAUUGAGGUGAUGAGCAGUAAACUGGAUAUUGACAACAUGGCCGGGGUCUUCUACAUGCUGCUGGUGGCUAUGGGCCUCAGUCUGCUGGUGUUUGCCUGGGAGCACUUGGUCUACUGGAAGCUGCGCCACUGCAUGGCCACCAGUUCUGGCAAACUGGACUUUCUCCUGGCAAUCAGCAGGGGCAUGUAUAGCUGCUGUAGCUUUGAAGAUGAAACAGCGCCAGGUGGAGCUAAAUCUUUGCCUACUCAUCACCACAGUACAAUGGUUACAGUCCCAUCCCAGCCACAUGUUGUCCCAACAUCUAUGACCAACCCAGCCAUUGUCAUGGCGCAACAGCAGCCACCACCGCAACAGCAGCAACCGCAGCCCGUCUACAAAACACCUCUACCGGGCUCUCCUCCCACCGUGGUGCAUUCUGGGACAGCACUGGGUCCCUCCAACACCCCCAUUGCUGGUGCACCCCUCCCUUGCUCCACCUUCCUGCCCCGGCCAGACCGCAGACUGGCUGUGGUGGAUCGAUGGAGGCUGCCCAAAUCUGCUACAGCCACCAACCCAAUGGCUGUAAGGGGGGCCAUCACUGACAUGGGACCCUUUGCACAGAAAGUCCCACCAAACUGGGCUUCAACUACUGGAGGGGGUGGGGGACUUGAUGGUUAUAAGAGGUACUAUGGUCCCAUUGACCCUGAGGGACUGGGGCCCUGCAUGGAGCAGCAGGCAGGGUCCCAGACCCCCAAGACUAUGCCCAGGGGCCACCCCCAACCCCCUCCAGCUAGUGUGGCCUUCUACUCAGAGAAGGGCAUGGACCACGGGGUGGGGAAGAGGGUGGUGGGAGGUGGCAGCGGAGGUCAGGGGAAAGGGGCCAUUAAACCUCUGGGCACUCCCAGACUGCCUCCUAAGAGUCAGGCUCCUCUGCCUCCUACACCUCCGCUGCCACACCCCUCUCCCCCUCUCCCCUCAUCCUUCUGGAGGAAGCGCAGGCCCAAAAAGCCCAAAGAGCCUGGAGGGCCACUAUAUGAGAACAUUCUACCCCUGGGGCGGAGGGGAGGAGCACGAGAUGGAGUGAGGGAGGGAGGAGGGAGGAGGGCACGCCCCCUCUCUCCCCCGCUCUCACUUCCUGUGCCAGUUCCCCUCAGCCCCUCUUACACCCCUCCUUCUCCCUCUGCAUCCUUGCACUAUACGUCCUCGUUCUCUUCGUCGACCACCUCAUCCACAUCCACGUCCUCAUCUGCCUCAUCUUCUCGCUCCACCUCUCCCACCUACUCUUACAGCUCCUCCAGGAGCACACGAGACAGGACUGGAGGAAUAGAUGGAGAGGAUGAUGAUGAUGAUGAGGAGCUGACGGAAGAGUCAAGCCUCCUCCUUGGCAGGGGGAGGGAGAGGGAACGCUCAAUCAUCCGGCCUCGUUCCUUCAGCCACGGGCGCCUGCCACCACCCAUACCCCCCAGGAAACCACGCACAUCCUGGGGUGAUAGAGAAAGGGAAAGAGAGAGGGAGAGAGGGGGAAGCCAAUUGUCUCAGCUCCAAGAGUGGUGGGCAAGCUGGAGUGAGAGAGAGAGGAGUGGAGCUGGUGGAGAUGCUGAGAGGCAAAAAAGGGAAAAGAAGAGGAGAAAAGAGAAGGAGAAAGAGAAGAAGAAGAAGAAAAAGAAUAAAAAGAGGAAAAAGAGGGAAGAAAGGGAAAGAGAGCGAGAGCGAGAAAGGAAGCGGCGAAAGGUGAAAAAGAAGAAGAAGAAGGCGCUGAAGACAAAGAAAAGAAAGAAAUCAACUGGGGGAAGACGCUCUGAGCCAGAGGAGGGAGAUGUAGAGCCAGAGAGGGAAGGAGAGGCAGAAGGAGAGAGGGAAGGAGGAAUACAAGACUUCUCUUCCUUCUCUGCCCAGUAUCGGAGCACAUUUGGGGAGAAGGGGCGGGAUUCAUGGGAAGGAGAGAGGGAGAGAGGUAGGAGAGAAGGAGGAGACGAGGGCAAUGAUAGGGAACAGGAGGAUGGCAGCAGAAGCAGGGAGAGGCGUCCCAAAACCUCACGUCCUCAUUCCAGACAUCAUACCCCCAAUAAGCGCUAUCCUAACCUCAACAAACUCCCUGCAUCAGUCAAAUUUUGGGUGAAUGGAAAAGGUGAUGAUUCUAAUACUCCUCCAACAUCCCUCCACCCACUCCUUCCAUCCUCCAAGCGGAGAAGAAGUGGAGGGAUUGACAGAGAAGACAGUGGUAGACUCGGAGAGCGGCGUCCUUUGUUAAUGCAUUAUGAAAAAGAGAAAGCACAGACAAGAGAAGGGCUGUCCUUCCAUGAGUGGGACUCUGAGGAUGACGAGGAUGAUGAUGAUGAUGAGGAAGAGGAAGAGAGGGAGAGAGUGAGGGAGCGGGGGGAGGAGAGAGGAAGGAGAGCAGGUAGGGGGGCAGUGUCUGAGUCAGAGAGGGACAGGGCCAGGGCAGAGGACAGUUAUUCAGAUGAGGGCUCGUCAGGGGAGUUCGGACGUUUUGAAAGAUACUGGGAAGGAGGUGCAGGGGGGAGCAGCACUGGAAUAGGGGGCAUAGGUGGAGGAGGCUGGUUUUUUGGCACCUACCCCUCCAGAGAGAAAGGGGGCAGUAUCAACAGUCGGGAUGAUUCCUUACUAGGAACUCGGGCAGAGGGAUGGAUUGGUGCUGAUUUCUGGGGUUCAGGGCCAGGAGUAGGUUGGGGAUCAGGGGGAGGGAGUGGAGGGCUUGGCUCGCAGUGGCCGCCACCCCCCGCAGCCUUCCCUCCUCCUAGAAGAUACUGGUCUAUGGACAAGAUCCCUGUGAAGGGAGAGAAAAAGUGGAAGAGUGGAGGAGGGAAGAGCAAGGGGCGAGCUAGGGACAGAGGGGAAGAAGCAGGAAGGGCCACCAUUUGUUCCUGUAGCCUUUACCCUCAACCCCAUCCUUACCCACAUCCCCACAGCCGCUCGCACACCUCCCACUCCAAGAGAGGAGCCACAGCACUUUCCCAUAGCCAGGAAGAGCUUCUCCCCCACUGCCACAGCUUCAGCGGGGUUUCUCGCCCCAAGCCUCUGCCCCCCAAACCAGAUCCCAAUCAGGCCAAAUCAGGCAGCCAAUCUAACCUCAGCCUCAGCACACAACCCACAGACCAUCCACCACAGCCCUCACCGUCGCCAACCCAGCAGCCGUCCAUGUCUCCCACCUCCCUCCCGAUGCCCAUCCCGCCUCCGCCCUCCUCAUCCUCCGUCUCACCACCAGCAGGGGUAGGGAUGGCAGGCCAGAGCCAGGCUCAGGCUUCGGCCAGUGCCAAACUCCAGUAUCAGAGACUGCGCUCGGUGCCACAGCCACGGAGGUUCUACUCCCCCCACCUGCCACUCAAAGCCAAGAGCCUGUGCUCACGCCGAGGGUCGGCCCACUUCUCCAGCCUGGAGAGCGAGGUAUGACAGGGGGAGAAGAGAGAGGGAGACGUGGGAGCGAGCACCACUGCUAGUGAGAACCAUGGUGCCAUGGCAGCUGGAGCCAGGGAUGACACCAGAGAUAUGGCUGCCUUGGUGACCAUAGGUAAUCAGUUAGCAACCAUCACUGCGGGAACUAAUAUGGACAGUUGUUCUACUGCUAACACUACUCUGUGUGAGAGCAACACUACCGCCACCCGCUCCAUUGUACGCGUUCUAGUGAAGGCGACAGUGAGACGCCACACCAGGGUGAGUUACAUCCGUUUGGAUGGUUCCCAUGACGACGAGAGUGAAGGCGAGCCUGCAUCACCGGGGACUGCAGCUCCUGAACUUCUUCUCCGCUCAGAAUUGAGCUUUGUGAUGUCAUCUUCGGUUUUCCUCCCCUCCCCGAGUCACAACUAUGGAUAAGAGCAGUCUCCAACCUGUGAGUAAUGAUGUCAUAUUUGUACACACAAACACACACAUGCACGAGCACACACAGACACACACAGAUAUGUUGUAUGCUCAAAACGUCUCCCUCCCUCUGGCUUUGAGAACACACCUCGGUGGGAUGUGGAGAGACCCACCCUCUCCCAAAAGAGACCAGUGUUUGGUCUAUAGACUCUGGCUCCCUGUCAUCAUUGGCUGUUGGCUUUUGAACUGGAUUGGUGGACUGCUUCUUGGUGUUGGGGAGACUGCCUCCUCUUCUUCCCUUUUGUAAAUCAGUUGAUAUGAAAAGCAAUGCAGUCAGCUCUCUCAUGCACUCCCUGAUCACCUUUCACUGGGCAGUGAGGACAGUGCUAUUUAUUUGCCCACAGUGACCUCAUGACACCAUCAGACCCAUCUAGCUCUACCCCAGGACCAUCUACGUGAUGUCAUGUUUUACUAGAAACCCUUUUAACCAAUCAGAUUGAACAGGAACCACUUCUCCUCCUCCCUGUUGGAGUUUGUCAUGUCACCUCUGGUGCAACCAGAGCUCGAACACAGUUGAAUAUCAAAGUAUUUGAACAACAAACUGAACUUUAAAAGAGAAAUAACAAUAAGAACAAAAAAGACAUGUAGCAGAUUUUCUUUUAUGUCUGUCUUUUCUUUUCUUUCUUACUCAGACUUUUCUCCCCAUACCCUCUUUUUUAUUCUAUCAAUAUAUUUCUCUCACUGUGUUAGUGUUUUAAUAAAGAGGAGGCUGGAUGUGGCUAGUGUUGGAAGUGGGAAUGAUUCAAUAGCAGUACCAAAUUUCCACUCAAGAGCUUUUAAGCAAGAUUGGUUUUCAAGUAAUUUGUUUUCAUAGAUAAAGCCCCAGCUUUUCUUUCCACAUGUGAACAACGCAUAAUUCACCAUCAUGUAAGUGGAUCAAGGGGAUGAUUGGUGCAAUAUCUGUAAUUGGCACUAGAUGGCUGCAUAAUAUUCAAAUAACUGUUGGAGACAAUUGUGCAAGAGGCUUCUGGUAAGUUUAAUAAUUAUAGCUACAUGAUGCAGUGCAAGGGGUGUGCAGCUAUGAACUUUAUUAUUUUUAUGAAAGUGGCCAGUCAGGAUUUAUUCAGAGGAAGUAAGGGGAAUUGAAACCAAGUGCAGUGUAUUGUAAAAGCUCUCUUAGGAUAUUAUUGUCUUUCACUACUAUACUGUACCUUGGCAGAGUUUGUAGAUGAUGGAUUAUAUGAAGCACAAUUCUUCAUUGUAUAUUUCAGACAUGCAUGCCACAGUUGUAACUGCACAAUCUACAGGUAACAUAUUUUGCUGAAAUAUGUGGACAACUAUUCACUUGAUGUUAAUUCAUGUUGCUAUUAUGGACAAUAAAAUUCACUGUAAUCAAGGUUCAAAUAACAAAGUACCACAGAUACUUGUGCUGAGGAAAUUAUCUUGUACUUUGGCUAUUUCCUUUCAGCAAAUAAGACUGAACAAUAUACUGUGAAUGUUCCCAUUUGAGGUGCAUAUACAAUAGCUGAGACUUCACUGAAUGCAGUCAGUAAUAACUCCUGUUAUCCAGAUUAUCAGAUGACUGUUUGACUUUGAGCAAUAUUCCCACCUUCAAUGUGACAAGGAUGCAAUGGCACAUCUGUUUGCAUCUGAGACAUUGUAAUUGUUUUUCCUCUAGUUUAAAAUGAGACCAUUUGUUUCAGCCAGAGUCAGAUGUUCCACAUCUUCAAUGAUUUUCUUAAAUGGUAAGAUAGGUUUCAUCUAAUUUGGUCAGAUGUGAUUGUAAUAAAUGAGUUAAAGUCCACAGCACCUGGCUCUGUCUGACCAAUAUGAAUACGAAAUGCUAUGUGUUCAAGAGAGAGUAGUGAACUGUAGCAUUGUACCUUCUGUGAGCUGUGCCAAAAGCCAUCUACUGUGUAAACUGUGGCAAUGUUGCCAACAUUGCAAUGCAUACACUCUCCAUUUUCACAAGGUCAACAUAUCCACCUCAUUUCUCACACUAAGACCAGCCACAGCCCAGCUCUUCUUCUAUUGUAGUUGAAUGUAGCUUUGACAUGAUGUAGCAAAAGAACACCUACUUUUAGACUUUGUAGCUUUUUGGAUGCUGUUGAUAAUGGCUAGAAGGGGGGGGGGGGACCUCACCCAUGUGAGGGACUGUGCAUUGUGUUUGUGCAUGUCGUCACAGAUCGAAGGGUUAGUCGACCUUCUCAAUUCCCCUUUUAACUCCUUUGCCUUUCAAUGAGGGCAGACUGUACCUUUUAUCUGCACAUGGAUUGCUUUUUUUCUAGGUCUGUGUGGGGCAAUUUUUAAAACAAUCUCUUUGUUUUUAGAGAAAUGCUUUUGUCGUUUCCCAUCUUUGAAAGCCCCAGAAUCAUUGCAUGUUUUUCUGAAUGAAAUCUCAAAGAUUUGUGAUGGGAAGGUUGUGUAGUUCAAUUGUAGCAAAUGCUUAGGACCCAGGGCAGCCACCUUUCAGUGAGGUAGUAAGCUCGCUCUACUCUGCACCCCAACAGUGGAAACCACGGCAACAGUUUGACUGCUUCCUGUGUAGUAGAACACAGUCAUUUUCAACCAAUCAACAGGGCUUAAACCUGGUAUAUCAUUGAGCAUCAUUGAUUUCUAUUGAGGCGCUAAUACUUAAGUCUGUGACUGCAUGAACAGAAGUGACUUUUAAAAACCCUCUGGCUUAUUUUGUUUUAUUUAUUUAAUUUUAUGCUGAGAAAAAAGAAUAUAUUAAAAUAUACUAUGUUUUUGAGAAUGUACCAUGUUAUACUGUGAUUUAACUGAGAUAUUUUAUUGUAUUCAAUUAUCAUUUGAAUUCUAUCAUUUAUCUAUAAAGAAAUAUAUAUGUACAAAUAAAUAUAUACAUAUAUAUACAUACAGGUAUAUAUAUAUAUUAGUUAAGUUUGGUAUAUUUGGAGGAAGUGUUAGAUGAAAUAGUUUUAAAUGUUUUAGCUUUGUAGAGAUUCUAGACACUGAAAUCAUUUUUCGAAUUUCGAUUCCUCCUAUAUGACUGUGAAGACAUUAGUGCCUGUGACAAAAAAGACAAGUAAAAGUCUAAACUCUCUAUUCAUCUGUAUCUACUAUAGCUAUCAGUCUGUCACUCCUCUCGUACUACCUAACAUUAAUUUUUGAUGCUCGCUUUUACACAUCAGUAUGUUUCUUUAGCACAGUCUGCUGUCUCUUUUGCUUUCUCCUUCUCUCCUCUACAGUUCUUUCUCCUGGUUUUCAUUAACAAGCUAUGAAAAUUCUCCACCUCUCCUCUUUUAAAGUUUUAUCAUAUGGUGAUCACAUCUCUUUGUUAAUUAACCCAUCCAUUGACCUUUGCUUUUUUUCUUUGAUCGCUUCCUUUUUAAAUCAGCUCAUUCCUCUGUCUGUCUCUCACUUAGCAAAAAACAGAGACCAGUAGAUACUGUGUUCUUGCUCCUUUUGACUGAUUGUUGAUGAUGAUCAAUUAAUUGAUUGAUGAAAUAAUUAAUGAACAAUGUUACUAUUACUGAUGUGACUGAAGUGUGUAUCUGACGACCAUGCCACUGUAGCAAGUCUGGGCUGUACCACACCACCAGCGAGCAAAUGAGGCCACAGUUGCUAUGGUGUUGCCAUGGCAUUUUCAUGGCGUUGCCAUGGUGUCCUCUGCACCGCCACCACCUGGUGCCUGCUGGGUAAUAUAGUAUAAUGUCCUUCACUUUCCCCAAAGCACUGGUCAAAGAUCUGCUAUGCUCCCCUCUGCUCAGUCCUGACCUUAAUCAGUGGGAAGUGAAAUAUUUAAAAGCUCACUUUGGAGUGCUGAGGGGCAACAUGGUUGUGACGUGUCUGCUGGCCAUGCUGAUCUAGACUGGACUGGUUUGGCUUGAAGUGGCAAUGAUAAAGUGUUAAUAUCAUGUUGAUCACCCAAUCUUUAAAUCAUCAGUUUGUGCUGCAAUGCAUUUUAUCCUAAAUAUCACUUCAUAUCACUGAUGGCCUCAAACCAGUCAGGACAGAAGUGUGUUUUUGUGUCUGUACUUGUGUAUUUGUGUGCGUUUUAUGUUGAGAGGGUACAUACCCUACAUGUAUGUGUAUUGCAUGUGCACUAAUCAUGUGUAAAAACCCACUGCAGCAUGAUUCUGUAGUGCUCUCCUUCGCUCUCCCUCUGUUUUUCCCUACCCGCUAUUUCUGAAAAACACAUACACACACUUUGCUGUGCAUGCAUAUUUAACACACAAUGCGCACAUCACUCAGCCAAUGAUCCUCAUCUUCCUCUAGCCCUCACUAAGCUGCAAUCUAAAGCAUCGCCUCAAGUAGUCUGAUCAUCACACACAGGCACACGUGUGGCCUCACAAACACUCACACACAAUGCACACCAUGCACACACUCUAGCUACUCUAAUUUCUAGAAUCCUCUUGAGUCUUUUGUGUAAAAUUUGGUUCAGAGAUUUGGUUACCUGAGGAAGUUAAGUAUAUUCACAACGAUUGUCCUGCUUGUUCUGAGCUAUCUGUCUCUUGGGUUUGAUGUAUAGUCCUGCACUCUGCUUUGCACUGUUCUGCCUGUUCUGAUCCAUCAGUUCCUGUUUAGAGUAGUCAGGUUCAAUUUGUUUUAUUUUGGUGACUUGUUCCUCUUUUGAUUUACCUUGUUGUCCUAAUCUGCUUUGAUUUAUCAGAUUUACUGUCUGGCCAAAUGUUAUGCACUGAACAGUCCAGUCCAGCUUAGCGCAGUGUGCUCCAGACUAGUCUAGCGCCGGAGUUUGUAAGAGAUCCUGGUGCAGCCUCAAGCUCAUCCCCUCUCUGUAUUGGCCCUUUACCUGGGAAGCAAUACGUGUGGUGCUCCAGAAUUCAAACAGGGUCUUCAUUGGCUGCAUCGGCCAUGAAUUAUAUCAAGGAAAUACAGGAGAGCCACACGUUGUACUUACCAGGUCUAGGGUCUGCAUGUUGCACCAUGAAAAGCUUCUCCUACCACAGUGACAGGGCACAUAUACCCACAGAAACCAGUGUGUGUGUGUUUUCAGCAAUGUACAAGGCCCAGUUCUGCUCUAGUAACCUCGCCAACACUAUAGGCCUACUUACGGGUUGCUAAGGUGGGUUGCUAGUAGGGUGAUGUUGCUCCUAGCCCAGACUGGUCUGGUCUAUGCCCUAAUUUAAAUGUGUUAGUUUAUUUGACAUUGUCUGUCUGGGGUGGGGCUGGAGGGUCAGUGCUGCACUUACUUCCUGAGAAUUGCUUCAUAAAAUAUGAUUCUCUUUAAUUAA